CUCCAGUAACAGCUCUCUAGUAUCUGUGUGAUUUAGCUGCUGAGCUCAGCUCGUACGCAGUGUGUGUGUGUAGUGUGUAGGGUGUAGUGUGUUAGACUCGCGGUGAAUGAUCGAGGAGAGAGCGCACACUCACUCUUAACUUGACGUCAAUUUUAAUAGACCUGAAUGGACGCAUGGCUGUUUGUGAACAGGCCAGAAGCACGCUUUAGACCGCUGCACUGUUAUGGGAAGCUGUGUGGUGAACAGCAGCGCAAUCUCAGCUUUUUCUUCUGUUUACUUCUAACAUAAAGCGCGCGUGCUUUCUUCCCCCAUGCAGACGGAGAAACACUGAUUAAAGUGGAUUUACACUUUUUUUUUUUUUACCGGAUACGCCACCACUGAAGCCUCCUUGUGAAGAUGUAUCGAGCGUUUUGGGACACGAUAUUCCUCCUGAUUGGCUCCUUGUUUACAUAUGGGCAGGUGCAGGAAAAUUCAACCUCAACAACCUCAACUCCAACAACUCCAACUCCAACAAGCAGCACCACCACAGCAACCACCAUCAGCACCACCACUGUGGCAAGUACUACUAAAGCUGUCAGAAAGUUUAUAGCAGCAGCAGUCCACUCGCACUUUGCAGACUGCCCUGACUCCCACAGCCAAUUCUGCUUCCACGGCACAUGCCGCUUCCUCAUCCUGGAGGAGACGCCUGCGUGUGUGUGUCACCCAGGAUUUAUGGGGAUGCGAUGUGAACAUGCAGACCUGUUGGCGGUGGUGGCGACCAACCACAGGCAACAGACAGUGGCUACCAUGCUAGUUCUGUGUGUAGUGGGCAGUGUCCUGCUCAUGCUGCUUUGCACACUAUUAAAUUGUUGGUGGAGGAGAGGAGGGUGUAGACAAGGUCUUUCCUGUUGGUCGGAAAAACCAAGUACCAUCAUAAAGGGAGGAUCAUCCUGCUGCCACUCAGAGACAGAAAAUGGUCCGUAUGUGCAAGUGGUUUGAUAUGGGUCCCCCAGUUGUGCUGUGGUUGUGGCCAUUUUUUCCAUUUUGUUACCUGAGGUUCCAGAACCCCCUUGGAUUCAAACUUCAGCUAAAAUCUCGAAGUUGCAGAAGCACACAGCCAUGGAAUGGAGACAGAUCCAUAUGGGAAACCAAACCAGCAGAUGUGAAAUUCAAAACACUCAUACUCUAAGGGACUGAACCAUUCCAGCCGUCUUUUUAAUGGAUUGUAAAACUGAAAAGAUGGAUGACGGAAGAUUCAUGAAAUUUGGAACACAGAACGUGAUACCUUGAACUCAGCUUUGUACUGAUCUUAUGGUCCAGAUGGAGGUGGAGAAAACAAUCCCAGAGUUAGGCUCUUGUGGAGGGAAAAAGGCCCUGGUGGAGAAGGAAUUGAGAAAUAAACCAGCACCCAAAGGAGACUAAGAUGGAUGUGAAACGUAAGAUUGAGAUUACAAGCCAAGCUUUCAUGAAAAUAUUCCUGUACAAUUGUCAAUAAUUUAAUGUUCGAUCAUUCUCCCAAGAUCCUGAGAAUGGUGUUCAUUUUGAUAGCUGAGUUUUGUCUUUUAAAUCAUGGAUAAGAGCUUGAAAAAAAAAAAAAAACUUCAACACAGUGUUUAUGGGUGUGACACAUUCACCAGGAAAUCUGUAGUUUUAAACUGGGUUUUAUUUCGGAGCAUGGCACAUGGUACCACUGUUUAAGAAUUAGACAGCAAUCUCAGACUAGAUGUAGGACAAAAGAUUGUAAAAAAAUAUUUAAACCAACAUAGAAAUACAACAUACACAUAUUUAUAUAAUAUAAAAACUACAACAUGUCUCUAUAACUCUUUGCCAAUUAUUUUUACCUGAUAUGCUUCUAAUAUGUUGUAAAGUAAUAUGUUCCAUUUAACAUUUGAGUGUCAAUGGCAGGCAUUUGACGGAAGAUGUAGUCAAGUCUUGAUAUCUGUUUGUAUUUUAUGCUAAAUGUCUAGAGGGUUUUUUGCACUUAAUAUUUUCCAUUCCAUUUUAUGGCAUAAGUCUACACAAAGGUAAACACACUUCAAAUAAAUCACCUUUGCUUUUAGUUUCAUAUAGAGAGCAUUGUUACAAGGUUUUUUUUUGUCAACAACUAUACAUAUAGAACCCACAGUUACAUUUGAGCCACAGUAUUCCCUCCCAGUACACACAGUACAGGUUGCAUGUUAACAUUUAAAUGGUUGGGUGCGCCACUUGUAUGGUCUCAAUGUGCACUUUUACACAUUUUACUGGGCACUGCUGCAAAACUGCACUCUUAACCUGAGGGCAUUAGGCCACACAAUUGAUUCAAAAAGGAUUAGAUCUUCCAUUUACUACUACUAUUGUGAGAAUUGGACCUAUUAAUUCAAAUCUAAGAGUGCAGAUUUUAUAGCAAAUUUGUCACUGUCUUAAAAGAAUUCACUGGUUCACAUUCACCUGUACAUAUACAAUACACACAUAGAAUGCCAUACUGUUCCCAGCCCAUUUAUUUAUCUCAAAUCUCUUAAACACUUUAAAAACUUUAAAAGCUUUUUAUAUUUAAGAGACAAUUUUUAACCUUGUUUAACAUUGUUCAUUGUCUUAUAUUUAUCUUCAGGCCUUUGCCAUUGUUCUCUUGUAAAGGUAUGUUAAAUGUCUGAGCUUGUAUUAGCACUGUUGAUAGGGAGAAAGUAGGCCUGGUGAAAAAGCACAUUGGGUCCCAUUUAAUCUGCACUGUUUACUGAAUCCAGAGGCUUUUGAGGUACUGCUGGUGUUUUAUAUAUAAAAAUUAUGUUUAAUCGUUGCAAGAAGCUUGAUGGAAAUUGAUUGAAUAUGUUGUCAUAUAAUGUAAAAGAGAGUGAAUGUGUGCUGGGAAUAAGUACUUAAGACAGUAGACUCCACUCUAAAAAAAUAUAUAAAAUAAAAACAAAUUCAAAGAAAUAUAAAAUACCAGUCAAAAGUUUGGACAAAAAUUCUCAAUAAUGUUUUACAUUUGUUUAAUGAACUGCUAUAGAUUAAUGUAUGUAAAUUAUAGAUUAAUAUUAAAGACAUGGCGUGGUUGUUUGGCUUUCAUAACACCUCACAUAAAAACCCAACCCGGGUGGUUUGGGGUGAGUUGAAGCGCAGAGUGAAGCAGUUAAUAAGAGCUCAGGAUCUGUAGAACUUCUUUAAGACCGCUGGAGAACCAUUCCAGGUUCUGCCUAAUGAAGGUGAAUUAGAGAGUCAGCCGAGAGAGGGCAAAGUUGGCAUCAAAGCAAAAGGUGCUACUUUGAAGAAUCUGAAGUAUAAAACAUAUUCUGGCUAAUAUAUAUAUAUUAAAUCAGGAUUUGCUUUGAAUGUGAUUUGUGAUUGUGCAUGAUGAAAUUAAGCAAAAGAUUGUGAUGAACAAGAUUUACUUUAUUUAUUUAAAUAAUUCUGACAGUGCCCAGCUUCAAAAUAAACGUAUACUUACUCCAAUUAUCAAAUGCAAAGGGGUUACACUUCAAAAAAAAACAAAACAGCAAAAUAUAUAUUGACUAUGCUAUGUGUUACAUUACCUCUUGCAUGCAUGUUUUGUAAGGUGUAUGAUUUUCUGUGAUAUUCUAUAAAGUAUAUUUGUGCAGGAUGCACAUUUAUUUUAAGCAUCAGAAUAUGCAUCUUAUUUGAACAUCUUUAGUGCAAAAAAACUCAUCACAUUCCUUAAAUGAAGGUUGUUCUGAUCAUAAUGUGACCCACAAUGUUACACUCAUGGUCUCAAUGUUUAAUGUAUUGAUGGUGAUCUUUCUCCACCUGCUCUGAUGUAACGUCUGAAACACAUUAUGUUGUGCAGUCCACUAUUUGGUCAUUAUGAAGCAUGUUUGUGUACAGUUAAUGGUAUGUACCAAGCAAUUUAUGAGUAUUCCAUGAUUACACCUGUCUUAAUCUAUACCAGAGACAAGAAGCAGCAUCUCUCUGAGUGUGACUGGAUAAACUGUGUUGUAAUCUUCACUGGUUAUGUGAUCAGAGGUAGAAAAUCCAGUUGAAUCCAUGAGUUAAUUUGCAGAAACAGAUGGGUCCUAUACUUUUAAACAUUCCUUUGUCUUUGCAAAUUCACUCUUUAAAUACUUAUUCAGUGAUAGCUGCAUCAUGCAUCUGACUUCCUGACCACUUUAAAUAUGUAUGUGUGUGUAUAUAAAUGUUUUUGUUUUUUCAAAAAGUAUAAAAAUGCUGAAUAUC